AUUCAAAGUUCUCUCGAUUGUUGAAUGUACCAGAUGGUGAGAAAAGCAAUUUUGCAUUUAAUCAAGUGGAAACAGACUUCUGUUCACUGGAGAGGAAUGCAUUAAGCUCAGAUUGGCACAUUUAAUCAUCAGGCAGCGAGCAGUGUACCUGGAUCUGCUACCGAUGUGCACCUGGAGCUGGUGAAAGCUUUGCAGGAAUUCUGAUGUCAAUCUAAAGUAGAUCUAUCCCUCAUCAUAUAAGGUGGAAGAUAAGCAGUGGAUUAAAAUUAGUCAAACAUGGAACUUGUUUUCUGUGAGAACUGCGUUAAGAUUGACAGCAGCCUAUACAUUUACCAGAUGAUUGACGGCAGAAAUUUAUUGCUCUUUGUCCUGUUUGCAAAGAUCAUCCUCAACUUUAUCAUCCUGAGCACAAAACGAAAGAUACUCUCAAGUUUGAUUGGCUAUUUCUGCAUCUCCCUAUCACUAAUGGAUCUUGCAUUAUUUGUGAAUGUGUUAAUCGUUACAUGUUUUAAGACAUGUACAGUGCUCGGAACUCAAAUUGGAAACCAUCACAUCUGCCUGCUUCUACAGAUUUUCUCAUCCAUGUACAGUGUCCUGCAUUUGCCCAUCUUCUUCCUGUCUGGUCUUGAUUUUUACAUAAACCUACCACGUCUUCCCAAACCCUUAAACACCUCUCGGAAAAUCCUAUAUAUUUUCAUUAUCAUGCUGUUAUGGAUUGGAGCCAUUGUCUACGUAUUUGAUAUCCACAGUCUCCAUCCACCAUUAAAAGCUGUCUUGUACAACUAUUUCCUCCAAUGUGAUGUCACCAUCAGCAUUCAGAGCCACUUUCUCUCCAUUCUGAUUCUUCUGACAGUGAUUCUUGUGAUUAUUUAUUGUUGGUCUGGUUUGAGCUCCCUUGUCAGAUCUCUGAAGGUGAUUUCCCAUGUGGAAGAGGUUGUGGUGAUAUGUUCACACUCCAACGCAUGGAGGCAGUCCCAUUCAGCCAAGGAACAACUCCUGACCAAUAUUACCAUGUGCUUUCUCUUGACCUGGAGCCCAUUUAUUCUCCUUCAGCUGACUGUUGUUUUGAUCUGGGCUCCCCUGCCUGCCUACAUGGAUUUGAACGUUCCUUGGCUUUGUUUCAUGAACAGCUUCCUCAUUGGAGCCAUCUAUUGGCUGCGGUACGGUGAGGUCUCUCAGGAUGUCAUUUCCUUAUUUCCAGACAGUUUCUGCCAUUGGAGAUUUUGCCAUCUUCAGCAAGUUUUCACUGCAGCUGAUGAAGGAUGGAUCCCAGUGAAAGAUGACAAUGAAUCAAAGAUUCUAAUUGCCUGAAGGAACUUCUGUUUUUCCUACAUAUAUCACAGUGUAUUUUUCAAUCUAAUAAUAACAUUGAUUCAUCUUACUCCUUAGUCUUCGGAUAAGAACAUUAAUAAUCACUAAUGUUGAUGAAUUGAGAUUUGUGCAAGAUCAGAAUUACUCAAUGGGAUUUUUAAAAAUUGUGUUCUCCUGCACGCACCAAUCUCUUGAAAUGUCUGAAUGUGAUCCUUCUAAUUGUGACUCUCAAACCUGUCACUUUUAUUGCAAGAUAUAUUUCGGUUUCACAUUUAUGAAGCAAUUUCUGUGGGGCGGGGGGGUAAUGGUUAUAAACUUUCAAAAGAAGCUCUAAUUAUUUGUAAAAGCCAUGAGGCCUGUUUUCUUGGGGCAUUUGGUGAUCAAACCAUCUCCAUUCUCUAUUCAUGGAGCUAUUUAGGUUUGCCUACAACUGACAUGUAACGAUGAAAUGUGUAGCACAGGAAAUAAGUCAAGCAUUUCUGUUGCUGAUGUUUAAUGUAGUGAAAUUGAGGGUGACAAUGAUGAUGAAUAAAAUGGU